GCUUGAACAUAUCACGGAAGUGUGAGACAAACGUUGAGCGGUAUCUCCAGUCAACCAGUUUCAUUCGUGAGCAUUUUCAUUUUAAAACGCUGUUUAUUUGUACUGCUAAGGGAUAGCUAACGUCUUAAAACAAGACGCCGUUAAAGUGAAAUGCCCCGGAGAAAGAGGAAUGCUGGGAGCAGCUCAGACGGCACUGAGGAUUCAGACUUCUCUGCUGACCACGAGCACACAGACAGAAUCGAGACUUAUGGGAGAACACGGAGGAACACGCGCCUCACCCGCGCAUCGCUGCGACUCAGCCAAAGUUCACAAGAUUCCAGCCCUGUCCAGACCAGCCCAGCAGAGGUGGUGACCUUCUCUGCCCGGCGGGUGACCCGUAGCCGUAGUCUGCAGCAAGGGCCGCCGGUCACCCCCAAGAAAUACCCUCUGCGCCAGAGUCGCUCUUCGGGGUCGGACACAGAGCAGCAUGUGGAGGACCUGAAGCGAGCAGCAGACCAGGACGAGUCUCUGCCCCGCACCCCAACAGGGAACGCCCCCUCCUCGGAGUCGGACAUCGACGUGUCCAGCCCCAACGCCUCUCACGACGACAGCCUGGCCAAGGAGCUGUCACUCAAAGACUCUGGCAGCGACCUCUCCCACAGGCCCAAGCGCCGCCGCUUCCACGAGAGCUACAACUUCAACAUGAAGUGCCCCACACCAGGCUGCAACUCCCAGGGCCAUUUGACAGGGAAACAUGAGAGGCACUUCUCAAUAUCUGGCUGCCCUCUCUUCCACAACCUCUCUGUAGACGAAUGCAAGACGAGGGCCUCCUCUCGUGACAAACAGGUGGAGGAGCGAACGUUGUCCCACCGGCAGGACGAGAACAGACACGAUACCCGUCACCAGGCCCCAACGGAGAGACAGAUGAGGUACAAGGAGAAGGUGACGGAAAUGAGGAAGAAGAGGAACUCGGGUCUGCUAAAAGAGCAGAAAGACCAGUACAUGGAGCACCGGCAGUCCCACGGCAACAACCGAGAGCCCCUCCUGGAGAACAUCACAAGUGAUUACGACCUGGAGCUCUUUCGAAAAGCCCAGGCACGUGCUUCGGAGGAUCUUGAGAAGCUGCAGGGCCAGGUGGCGGAGGGCAGCAACAUGAUCAAGACCAUCGUGUUUGGCCGCUACGAGCUGGAUACCUGGUAUCACUCGCCCUACCCCGAGGAGUACGCCCGCUUGGGACGCCUCUACAUGUGUGAGUUCUGCCUCAAGUACAUGAAGAGUCAGACCAUCCUGCGCCGGCACAUGGCAAAGUGUGUCUGGAAACACCCACCAGGGGAUGAGAUCUAUCGAAAAGGAAACAUCUCAGUCUUUGAGGUGGACGGUAAAAAGAACAAGAUCUACUGCCAAAACCUAUGCCUUCUGGCUAAGCUCUUCCUGGACCACAAGACCCUAUACUAUGACGUGGAGCCCUUCCUCUUCUACGUCAUGACAGAGGCUGACAACACCGGCUGCCAUCUGGUUGGCUACUUCUCAAAGGAGAAGAACUCGUUCCUGAACUACAAUGUCUCCUGUAUUCUCACCAUGCCACAGUACAUGAGGCAGGGCUACGGAAAGAUGCUGAUUGACUUCAGUUACCUACUGUCUAAGGUGGAGGAGAAGGUGGGCUCUCCAGAGCGGCCCCUCUCAGACCUGGGCCUGAUCAGCUACAGGUCCUACUGGAAGGAGGUGCUGCUGCGCUACCUCAACCAGUUCCAGGGGACGGAGAUCUCCAUCAAGGAGAUCAGCCAGGAGACAGCUGUCAACCCAGUGGACAUCGUCAGCACCCUGCAGUCCCUCCAGAUGCUCAAGUACUGGAAAGGGAAGCAUCUGGUCUUAAAGAGACAGGACCUAAUCGACGACUGGAAAGCCAAGGAGACCAAGCGCGGCAGCAGCAAGACUAUUGAACCCACCGCCUUAAAGUGGACCCCACCUAAAGGAACAUAGGACACCCCUCCCCUCCUCCUACACCAUACCUCUCCAACCCAAGGACCUGGGUUCAAAGCUCACUAUCAGAAUAGUUUACUUCAAACAACUUUUUGAUCAGUACACUGUGUUAGUGCAGAAUUAUUGAUUAUUAUUAUUGAGAGUCCUAACCAGGCUUAAGUAGUAGAUCAUAAUAUCAAGAAGAAUACUGAUGGUGGGUUGCUUGAAUCCAGACCCUAGCUUUCCUCACACAAAACUUCUCAGUAGAACCGUGUUAACCUAGUGAACCAGUUAGUUAGUACGUGUGGAAAUAUAGCUGUCAUUCUGGGGAGGGGUCGUGGUAGCACAACAAUGUAUCCAUGCGUCUUGAUUGUCUUUACUGUUUCUGUUUGGUUUUGUUUCUGUUUUUUUUUCAUCUUUGCUCCUCAUUUUUCUAUUCUGUUUGGUUUUACCACUGUUUUAAGCUGUUUUGGCUAAUGUCCUUUUUUAAGCUAUUUUAAAUUGACUUCCUGAAAGUGUGAAGAUUCCCAAUUCCCUUUCUUCCCCUUCUUUCCAAAGUGUGCACUCAUUCAAGGAUUUAAAAGCAUCGGACUGGUGAAAACGUUGGCUGGAGGAUGUUCCUUACCCCAGUCCUUUCCUUUUGCAUAAAUGCAUAAGUGAACACUGGGAGAGAAGGAGGAGGAACAGAACUGGAAUUCGCAGUCAGGCUCUGUCUGAGGCCGAAGUACGAAUUUGAUGUCAAGUUCAAUUCACACUGUCAAUAUAUUUAAAUGAUCAAGAGAAGAUUUUAUGGUACAGGUUUGGCAAGACAAAGUAUAUUUGAAGAAAGUUUUGAAAAUGCGCAGGACUGGUUUCCUAGCCGUAUUGAGAACUAGAUUUUAACGUGUCAUUAGAAGAGAUUUUCUCUAACAUGUUACAGAGGAACAAGCAAAUGCAUGAAGCACCUAGCAAAAAAGACAACUUUGUUUUGCGUUGUGGUCAAACCAUUGUAUGUCCGUUUUAUGUGUAUAAGGAUAAAAUAAUGGAUGUUUUUCACCAUCACCAUUUUGAAUUGCUGCAAAUGUUACUGACUGCUAGUUUUAUUACUUGAGAGACUGAUUGUGCAUAUACAUUGGAUGAAACCAUAAAUCACCUCCAUCUGCUGUAUAUAUAAAGAUAUUGAGUUCCACAGCAACGUAUGGCCCUCAUCUCAAGAAUUUAUAGCCACAAUAGGGCAAUAAAUAUGUAAAGUGCACAUCUUUAUAGUUGCAGAAGAAAUGGCCUUUACUGACCAUAUGUCAAAAGUUAACUCUUUACUAUCAUCGUAAAGGUUUGACAAACUUCACUGUCAUUCUCAAAUAGUGUUAAUCCUUCUGUAGAGUUUUUAUUCAGUUGUGUUUCUGGAUUGUUCUUGUUUUUCGUGUGUAUUUAAAAAAUAAGCUAUUUGAUCUGUGCAUUUGUGUGUCAUAGGGGAGAAACAAAACAAGCUCUGAAUCUGAGAGAAUAGGUAUUUCCUCAAGGCUGCCAAAUAUACUGUAUAUUUCACCACAGUCAUAUUUCAAGAUGUAUUUCAAUGGAUCCAGGUUUAAAAUGUUUCUUGUUUUCGAACUAAGAAAGUAAUACUCCAAUAAUAUGGUGUUUUCAGAUUAUAAGCACUCACGAGUUGAAGUGUUGGAUUGCCAAUUUUAAAUUCCAUGUUAAAAUAGUUUUGGGCCAGUCAGGCUUUAUUCAUUCCUUCUGCUUUUGAAUGUUGAGAAGUAAAAGGCCUUGAAAUAUA